GUCAUCCUCGUCUACGAGAUGCGAUCAUUUGUGUUCUCUCAGUCCGGGAUUCGAACUUUCGUUAGAAAUAGAUGAAGCGAGUGUCCGUUUUAACUCUACAUUUUUAAGUUUUAACAUUCAUCGCUCGAUCAUGAAGCUGAGAUACGCGUUUUUGGUGGCCGUCAUUGCGGCGUUGGCUUACGGUGCACGAGCUCAACAAGAAGAAGAUAAGCACGAUGAACUACUCGAAACUCGUGCAGAUUCGCCGGUACUGGUUCGCGACAAACGAACUUUGCUAGUGAAAAAGGCGCUUUUACUGGGCGGCGCUGCUCUUGGCGCCAAAGCCGUUUUAGGCGCGGGACUUGUCGGCGCUGGUCUCUAUCACGCAAAGUCUUCCUACGGCGGCGGUCACGGCUCUUAUGGCGGAACUUACGCGCCCGUUUACCGUGGGUCUUAUUAUACCGGUGGACAGCGAGGUUAUAGUGGAUACGGCGGAGGUUACAACGGAGGAUACAAUGGAGGUUACAACGGAGGAUACAAUGGGGGUUACAACGGAGGAUACAGUGGAGGUUACAACGGAGGAUACAAUGGAGGUUAUAAUGGAGGUUACAACGGAGGAUACUACGGAGGUUCCAACGGCUAUCACGGAGGAUGGAACGGCGGCGGUUCCGAAGAGGUAUAUUACGAUGGAGGUUAUGCCUCAGGUUACAACGGAGGCUAUAACGGCGCUCAUGGCGGAGGAGGCUACUACGAUCACGGACACAGCGGGGGAGGGCACGGCGGAGUGUAUUACGACAACGGCUACAACAAUAAUGGAGGAAAUUAUCACUAUUCUCGUCCAUACGCAUCUGCCUCCGCGUCCGCAGGAUUUUCUCUCAAUGCUGGUAAAUCCUGGUAAACGACUAUCGAGGGACCACCGUUGUCAACAAUCACUUUAUCUGGUCGAUGCGUAAACAGCGAACGAGAAUAAAACGCGGCGACAUUUUCCCGCCUUUUGCUGCUCCUAGCGCCCUCACCACAAACUCUGCCACGUGGUUUGAACCACGCGAAAAAACUACAUUAUUUUCGUAUAUAUAUUUAUUCGUGAAUAAACGUCACUUUAUUUUGUACUA